UGGCACACACAGAAACGGCAGCGAUACGACGAGACAGCAGAAACUGCUCUGCGGUGACCUGGAGACACGCUGAAGACAUCUGAGAACCUGAUCUUCUGAAGCAUUGUUUUCUUUCUAAUAAAGACAAAAAGGAACGCUCUUAAAACAGAAAGAGCAAGAAAUCUACUUUAAGAUCUUCUUCACAUAGAAAACUGGAGAAUUGCAAGGUUCUCCCAUCAGAGACAUCUCAAAAGACAAACGCCGAGACCCCGCCAUCCAGAUCCAUGGCUGCACGCCCUAUGGAGACGGUGGGUUUUGCCAUGCUACCCGCACACAUCUUGGCAUCCGCCAUGGAGGAGUUUCCCCAGCAGCUGCCGGUACCCAAGUGUAUGGCGCGGGGCCCAAACCGCCAAAGGCGGCCCCGGGAUGCCCGGUUCAAGACCCAACCGGUGACCUUUUCCGAAAUCGCAGAAGUGGAGGAGGAAGGGGCUUCGCCUAUGGAGGAGGAGAGGGCGAGACGAUCGUUCCUGCAGUCGCUGGAGAGCCUGAGGAGAAGCACACAGACUUUGCAUCAUUCGGGAUCCACACAGAGCUGCCGCACCGCGUCUGCACAGGCAAGUCUGGACUCCAGUGACUCGGACUCGGCGCAGUGAAGGAUGGAGGAAAUGUUUUCCACACAUAACUUCUUUUGAAAUUCCUGAUUUACAUCUGUUAGCCUAGUUGUGAUAUGCAUACAAUGCGAAUUAAAUGUCAAGUUACACUGGCAUACUGAUUGUUAAAGCUCCUCUGCGAGAGCAAAGUUUUGAAGAUUUCAGAAACCAAAUUCUUACGCAAAUUCCUGUUUUUCUGCACAAGACAAGUGAGGUUUGGAAAGAAGAGGUAUUUUAUGCCGAAUUCCAUUUUAAGAGACUGAUGUUUUUCAUAUCCCAUGUGCCUGUUUAAAGAUUGAAUGGGUUCUCCACUGCUGGGCAGGAUGUAGGAUGUUGCGGUUUGAUUUAAUUUAAGCUGAUGGACACUCGAAAGAGGUACAACACGUACUGUAUUUUUACAAGAAUAAUCAGGCAAGAUUUCAAUUCCUGAUGUUGUGCAAGUCUGCCAGAUUUGUGAACUUACAAAUGAACUCGACGAGGAGCAAAUUAUUUUUCUUUUUUAAAUGUAUCUUAUAUUUAUUCACAGAUUAUUUUGUUAUAACAUAGUCUAGUGAUUUUAGAAAAUUGUUAGGUUGACACUGUGGACUUGUAUUAAGUCACUUUUACUGAGAAAUAUAAGCCUUAUAGUUCGAUUUGACUAUCUUUGUUUCAUACUUUCUUUCAUAGAUAUGCAAAUAAACUUUAUAACGUUGAA